AUGAAGAGGAGCCCAGCGCUGCAGAAAGCAGAAGUUGUUGGUGUGAUGGACGCUGACUCUCCCAGAUCUAAACCAAGGAAACGGGCAGUACUGGAGAGACACCAGGCAGGAGACAGCCCUGACAGACUGGAAAAGAGCCCGUUCAAAGAGCUGAUCGAGAAUAAGACACGGGUGGUGGCCACCCCUAAAAAGAAAGUUCUGAUUGAUGAACCCGUAGCUGACGUGGUAAGGGAAAAGAAGAAUCCUGUCAGUCCAGCUUUAACUCCAGCAAAGCAUGUGGCAGGGAAUGGAGCUGUGCCCAAUUUAGGGUCCGUGCAUGAAGCUUUGGAAUUGGAUCCACCCAUUUCCCAGGAGCUUUCCAAGCUGAUCAAACAACGGGCCAAAGAUCUGCGGCUUCGCCAGACAGACAAGUCGCGGUCCGGGGCACUGGUCUCUCACCUCAAGGACAGCCUCAUCGAAUUUUUGAAAAACAACACAGAUCAGCCCUACUUCACUGAUAUCACACCACUUUGCUGUGGAAGUUCCUAUGAGAUGGUGAAGAUUAACAGCCCCAAUGAGUUUGACAUAAUACUGGGACUUAAGACACCACGACUUGUCAUAACGGAACUGGAGGAUUACCAUGGGUUGUUCUACAACUUAACCCUGUCCCGACGCACGCGUGGUGACAUACGUGCGUUCCUCUUGGAAGAUGAUCUUACGGUUUCGGCCACAAAAAUCAUUGGGGAGAUGCGUCGUCUUAUCCGAAAAUUUAUCCGCACCUAUAAAGUACCUGGUGGUAAAGGUAAUUGGGUAAUGACCAGGAAACGACUGACCUCACCUGCAGUGACCCUUGAGAUACUUAUGCCCGAUGCUAAGGAUGACGAAAUAAUAUCAGUUGAUAUCGUACCUGCAUUGCAGGCAGAACAGGGCUGGCCUCAAGCUGCACGUGCUGGGCCAAAUGUGGAUGACUGGCUUGGGAAGAACAUCCGUCACAAAUUCACUAGCCAGUUUAUAUAUUUUGUGGCAAAGAGACCAAAAGGACGAAAUCUCAGUGAUGAUGUAAAGGAGAGCUGGAGAAUUUCCUUUUCUCACAUUGAGAAACAAAUGAUGUUUGAUCACGGGAACAGGAAAACAUGCUGUCAGGGUAGUGCUACCAAAUGCUGUCGCAAACUGUGUCUGCGGCUUCUGAAGUAUCUGAUAGAGGGCUUGAAGCAACGCUAUCCUUCUGAGCUGCAGCAUCUCACCUCCUACCAUGGGAAAACUUCCUUUUUCCACACCCUUUCUCACAGAUUCCAGGACACGUUCUGGAAUCCCGGCCAGCUCCCGACCUGUUUCAUGACGCUUCUCGGAGACUUUGAGCGCUAUGCUCAAAACGGCCUGCUCCCGCACUUCUUCGUCCAGCGUCACAAUUUCUUUUCGCCGCAACACUUUCCCAAACGGUCGCUCACGUUUCUCACCAAAGCGUUACACGAACAGAGGACACUGGGCUUACCCCUUUUCCACAUUCAAAGGCCUGAACUACCAUUACAGGGUUGCCCCGCCAGUCACAUUGAUGAAGUCGGUCCUUUGGCAGAGGACAACAACGCUUGCGGAAGGACGCGUGAUGAACUGACCUAUGUUUUUUGGGUUUUGGCAUUCAUUGUUCUGGCUGUUGGAGUGAUAUAUGCAUUGCUCUUCAAGAACUGA